AUCUGGUUCUUUUCUAACACCAUAGGCUAGGUCUAGAAGCUAAAAAAGAAGAAAAUCUUUCAGAGUGGUUCUCUCAGGUGAUCACAAAAUCAGAGAUGAUUGAAUACUAUGAUGUGAGUGGCUGUUACAUUCUUCGUCCUUGGGCUCAUGCAAUUUGGGAAGCUAUCAAAGACUUCUUCGAUGCAGAGAUCAAGAAACUUGGAGUGGAAAACUGCUACUUCCCCAUGUUUGUGUCCCAGGCUGCCCUGGAGACAGAGAAGUCUCAUAUUGCUGACUUUGCUCCUGAGGUUGCUUGGGUCACAAGAUCUGGGAAAACAGAGCUGGCUGAACCGAUUGCUAUACGUCCCACCAGUGAAACAGUCAUGUAUCCUUCCUAUGCAAAGUGGGUGCAGUCCCACAGGGAUCUUCCUAUCAAGCUGAAUCAGUGGUGUAGUGUUGUGCGCUGGGAGUUCAAACAUCCCCAGCCUUUCCUUCGCACUCGUGAGUUCCUUUGGCAAGAGGGUCACACAGCAUUUGCAACAUAUGAAGAAGCAGCAGAGGAGGUGCUGCAGAUACUUGAUCUAUAUGCUCGAGUGUAUGAAGAUCUCUUGGCAAUACCUGUUGUAAAAGGAAGGAAGACAGAGAAGGAGAAGUUUGCUGGGGGUGAUUAUACAACCACUUUAGAGGCAUUUAUAUCUGCCAGCGGAAGAGCAAUCCAGGGAGCAACAUCACAUCAUCUAGGGCAGAAUUUCUCAAAGAUGUUUGAAAUUGUGUUUGAAGAUCCCAAGAAGCCAGGAGAAAAGCAGUUUGCUUAUCAGAAUUCCUGGGGCAUUACAACUCGGACUAUUGGUGUAAUGACAAUGAUUCAUGGAGAUAACAUGGGAUUGGUACUCCCACCUCGUGUAGCCUGUAUUCAGGUUGUAAUUAUUCCCUGUGGAAUCACAAACUCCCUUUCUGAAGAGGACAGAGAGUCUCUGUUGAAGAAAUGUAAUGAAUAUCGCAGUAGGCUGCUUGCUGUCAGCAUCCGUGUCCGGGCGGACUUAAGAGACAACUACUCACCUGGAUGGAAGUUCAACCACUGGGAACUUAAGGGUGUUCCAGUCAGGGUUGAAGUGGGACCACGAGACAUGAAGAGCCAACAGUUUGUAGCUGUUAGAAGAGACACAGGACAGAAGCUGACAUUGUCUGAACAUGAAGCAGAAGAGAAACUUAAGCAGAUCUUGGAGGAGAUCCAUGCAAACCUUUACAGCAGAGCAUCUGAGGACCUAAAAAGUCAUAUGGUGGUGGCCAAUAACAUGGAGGACUUUCAAAAGGAGCUUGAUUCAGGAAAGAUUGUACAAAUCCCUUUUUGUGGGGAAAUUGAGUGCGAGGAUUGGAUCAAGAAGACCACUGCCAGGGAUCAAGAUCUUGAGCCUGGUGCCCCAUCMAUGGGAGCCAAAAGCCUCUGCAUACCUUUCCAGCCUCUCCAAGAACUCCAGCGUGGAGCAAGAUGUGUGUGUGGCAAAAACCCUGCCAAGUUCUACACCCUCUUCGGUCGUAGUUACUAAAUCACUAGUGAAAGAACCUUCUCCUUUAUCUGUGAAUUGAACUUUUUUUAAUAAGACUGAAAUAGCCCCUUACAACUUAAAUCGGUUUUGUGACUUUUUAAAUAAUUCAAAGACAAAGCCAUAAACCAUAACCCGGCGCCCCAGUGGUCAGUCUUAGGCUAGCAGUAAUUCACAGACUUUUCUGUAAACAUCUCCGAUAAUAAACAUGUAUUGUGAGCUGUA